GCUCGCGCGAACGCUGCCAGCUGCUGAUGUUUACAAACCUACAGCUGAGACCUCCUAGGUCGUCGCCCCACAAUCAAUAACAAUAAAUACCAAUUUAUCCAGUGAAAGCGUGAUCGUCACUAAGCGGGCAGCUCUAAUUAACUGAGGCAGGUUGGUCCGCGUGACUAGGAACCACGCGCUCGGUCGACCCAAACGUAUACCAACAAAUAUCGUUAGUCGACGAUACUAUCAGUGUUUACUCAACAUACAAUUGGGGUGAUGAUGUGCCAAUUUAAGCAAGGGCAAAUUCUCAAGACAAUUGGUUGGCUCAACUCUAGAAAUAUUUGGACAUCUUUAACAGUGAAUACAGACAAAAAAAUAUGGUACAGUCCAGACAAGAAAAGAAGAGAAUCAUGGAAUGCACCAGAAGAAAGAGAAAUAAUCCACAAGGAUGAGUGGCAGGGCGUGUUUCAUCAUUUUAUGCCCAAAAAAGGCAUCAGUCCUGAUGUAGUGCGUGCAUUGCAAAAAGGCAUUGAUCUUCGUCCAUCAGCAAUUAAAAAUUGGUUCAAAACUCAGAAACAUAAUUAUAAAGUAAUAGAUCAGAGUAUAAGUCGUGAACGGAUUGCUGUGCUUGGAUUUGAUUUAGCAGCUGCACACUUCUUGGUGCACCGAGAAGGCAAGGUUCGUUUUCAAGGCUCGGAAGUCUGGACUCAGCAGGAUGAAAAUGGGGAUUAUGAACUGGCUAGUCAUUAUUCCCCAAAUGUUUUUGUCGAGGCAAUUGAUGCAACUGGAGUGGACCUCAAGUAUGAAGGACUAGAGUCCAUGUGUUUUACAGGUACUCUUAAUCACUUGAAGUGGCUAAGUGUUGCCGGGUGCCCAAGCAUUGAUGACUGGUGCAUUGACCGGAUCUGUUGCCAGUAUUCCAACACUCUUGAGUACCUUGACAUCAGUAACUGUAUCAGAGUGACUGAACUUGGUAUUUCAGCCUUAGCGCGACUGAGAAACCUCAAGCAUCUACAUCUUAAUGGGUUAGAUGAUGUGAAUAACAUAAAGUUGCUCUGUUUGCUCCUUGAAGAUGUGAUUCCUAAUAUUCAGAUUGAGGGUAUCCAGUAUUUGGACCCAAAGUUACUGCAGAACACAUGAUUUAAUUCAAAUUUUAGAAGUAUAAAUUGUAAAAGUAUUAAUUGUAAAUAGGAAUAAUAUUUAAAUUAUUAUAGUCUGAUUUAAUUAAAAGUUUUCCAUUAAAA